CGAGGUCACCAGAAAUGUUUGGGUUCACAGGAGGUGAAAGGUGAAUAGCUUGGCAACAGGCUAUUGUGUUGCGCGGUCUGUUCCAACAAUGCAAACAAACUGGCAGGUGAAACCGAGCCACCUGCUACGGUUCACCGCGCCGGGCGACGCUGGCUAGCAACCCGACGCCGCUCCGUGUGUUUGGUAGGCAGACUACGUUGACAGUCGGAACCUGAUUGUCCAGUUUGGACAACGAAUUAGCCCAGUUUCAACGGUGAAGAACAAUGUAGGAACUUUUUAUCGGAGCUGUAGUACUAGUAGCACCAUCAGACUGUUUGCUGGGACCGGCCGGGUCGUCAAGUUUUUAUCGGGAGUGUAGAAAGACAUAUGGCCCACUCGAGGAUACUGUAAUCGUCGUGUUUAUUUUCACAAGAUCUUAUGGAAGUGUCAACAUGUACCCCAGCAUGACUACUUAUCUACCGUCCAACUCGGGAAACUUUGGCGGGCUAUCGCUGCAGAUCUGCCGAGCGCCUAUCAUCCACUCCCCGCCGGACAGACGGAGCUCUUCCACGAGUCUAACCUCCGUGCAAGGCCGACAGAGUACCGAUAGCACAAAGACACGGGACAGUUUCCUUCCCGAAAUACACGGCAACACCUUACAAGGAUCUCCGAAUCGGCCUCCCAGCAAGACAGCAGUAAUUGUAAGGGCCAAGUCGGGGAAGUUGACUUCAAAGCCACCCAAUAUGGCGUUUCAGCACUCCCCAAGCGUCCCCAAGUUUCAAGGAUCCUCAGUCUCGGUUCUUGUCGACAGCGCUGCAGUUAAGAAGGCACUGGAGUCUUUAAAUCUUCAAGAACACGACUCAGGGAUUUCUAGUGAAGACUCGAACAAUGAACAUCACGACUCAACAGAAACAACAACACCUACAGCAACGGUGACAGCUGCUGACAAAGGAAACAAGAACAAGAAGAAAACCAAACGGAAAGUCAAGUCCGGCUCAAAGAUGGGCAACCGCAAGAUAGGCAACAAGCCGGGAUUGAAAUUAAAAACUCGAGCAAAGUCUGCCAAAAGUAUCUACAGCCAAACGCUAGUGCGCGGGGGAAGUGCAGUAGGAUUUAACACAAACAGUCUACGGUUGCAGACCCGACAGAAAACGGUGAAGUCGGAUCAAAGAGUCAGUCGUACAAGCGAAGCAACUAGAAGAGACUACAACAAGAUGUCUGCGCCAAAGACAAGUAGUGAAAUCAUUUAUUCCCAAAAGUUUUCUAGACUCCAUCCGAAUAGUUCCAUUCACGCAGUGUCAAAGAGUUUGGACAGCGCUCAACCAGACAAGCGUCAAGCGGGUUUCCUGUCGGCGAGAAGAGCCGAAGUCCCGAUGUUUUCUCCGAGGAGAGCCGAUCUGUUGCCGUCGCCGAGACGACCGAGCACGAACGGUGCCGAGGGUGAGAAAAUGACGAGGAUAUUUCUGUCGGAAAAGCAGUCCGGGAUGAUGAAGGACUGUGGAGUGUUCUUGCCAUGCGCACCCCCCGCCACACCCUCAAAAGAGCAAAUGGAGAGAUACGAGUUCGUGCCAUCCAUGACAGAUGUCAGGGCCAAGCGGGAAGUGCAGGCUCGGUUACAGCUAAUGGACAAGGCUGCCAAACAGAAGAAAGCCAAGCAGAUGGAGAUUGCAAAACGGCAAGAAAAACGGAAGGAGAAAGAUGGCGUCGCAGGGCACAAAGCUAGGCAAAGACUAGAGAUAUACGCGCUGAACAAAAUCAUGUCGGAAUAUGAAUGGUCGAACUUUCAAGCUUUCAAGAGGAGCAUCAACGGAGGUGUCUGACAGCCCUUUGUCGUAGUAGAAAGCACAGUAUACAAUAUCUAUGGUACCAAACAAAAUACACAUGUACUAUCAGUAUACUCUUGCACUGUCUGAAAAUCCAAAUGCUUUAUCAUGGUAUGCACUUAAUCCCCACCACACGAAUAUAUAAGUUGAAGAAUGUGACUAUAUAAUCACCAUGACCAUAGCUUAAAAAACGAUACUUACCUGCAAGUGUUUGGUUGUUCUCCUGCUAUCCCGUUCAGGGUGAUGUCCUAACAUGUUCUACUUCGCACUGCAGCAAGGUGGCGCUGCAGUGGGAAUUACGUGGUCCCAAACUUGACUAAACUUGUAUCCCCCCCUCCCCAGUCACAUACCAACGCACAUACUUGUUGUAGCUUUCUCAAAGAUACCACUAUGACAUUUCCAUAUUACCCAUGCCUAAAAACACGAAUGAGCUACCUAUGUAGCUAUUAUUCUUUAUACCAGAACUGCUGUUGUUCAUGUAUCUUUGCUUUUCUUUUUUAUUGAACGUUUAUCCGUAUUGUCGACAGAGACAUAUAUUUGGAUCAAAGAUACUAGAUAGAUAUAUUUCGUUACAAUAUAGCUGCUAAAUAUACCAAAACGGACCUCUAUCGUCAAAGUUAUAACAGUUAUUGAUGUUAGUCUUUUUUUGUUUGUUUAUCGUUACCAUAUCCAAAUAUAAUAUCAAUAUAAUAUCAAACGUAUGUCAGAGCAGCAGGCUGCUAUUUUAUAAGACACAAGUGUCAAAGAAGAACUUUGGUGAGAUUUUCGCUAUGCAGUGUGAAUAAAAUGGUGCCAUGGUGGAUUUUAAGUAUGAAAGAAAAAUACAAUAUUUUGAAUAUAA